GCCUCUUUCCUGUCUGACCGGUACGGCUGGUAGCUGCUGCUGCUGCCUGUCAACAUCCCACACCUCCAGAAGACGUCUGUGUCCGGGACUUUAUUUUUAACUGUUUAUCUCUGACAGUGCUCAGACUGUCCUCCACCAUGUCCAUGUACCAGGUAAAGCCCAUCUGUGGGGGUGACAUAAAGAUUGAUUUGCCAACCUGCAUGUACAAGUUACCAAAUGUCCACGCGCAGCAAGGGAACAGCUGCACCUCCGAACACGCGCUUCAGAAUGGCGAGGUGGACCCAGCAGUCAAAGCUCUGGAGGCCCGGCAGGAUGAGAUCAUGCGGAAACUGUACGAGCUGAAAGCAGCCGUGGAGGGCCUGGCCAAGACGGUGACCACCCCAGACGCCGAUCUGGACCUGACAGUCAGCAGCAGCCUCUCCUCCCAAAGCUUCAGCUCCACAACCUUGAAAGGCACCACGGACCUGGACACACUAAUUGGCAAGGACCAAGGUGCCCUCCGUGACAUUGUCGUGAACGCCAACCCGGCACAACCACCUCUGACACUGCUGGUGCUCCACAGCCUGCUCUCUAAGCGCUAUCGGGUGCUCUCCACCGUCCACGUCCACUCCUCAGUUUCCAAUGUGCCGCCACAGCUCCUGUCCUGUCUCGGUCCACGUCACGCCGACAGCUACGCCCGCCACAUGUUCCAGCUGGGUUUCACCCUCAUAUGGAAAGAUGUCCCUAAACUGGAAAUGAAGUUCAGCAUCCAGAACAUGUGUCCGAUCAAGGGUGAGGCCAGCGUGGCACGCUUCCUCUUCAAGCUGCUGGCUCCCUACCCCAGCGACCCUGCUCUUGCCACUUUGGUGGACAGCUGGGUGGACACAGCUUUCUUCCAGCUGGCAGAGGGCAGUGCCAAGGAGCGAGCCACCGUCCUGCGGGCCCUGAACUCCGCCCUGGGCCGCAACCCUUGGCUGGCUGGGCCGGAGUUCUCCCUGGCUGACAUUGCCUGCUACUGCUGCGUGCUGAAAAGUGGCUCAGCGUCCUCUGCUCCCGCCAAUGUCCAGCGCUGGCUCAAGUCCUGCGAGAACCUGGGCCACUUUGGCCCUGCCAAGCUACUUCUGCAGUGACUGGGGCUGUCCCAGGACCAGACACCAGAAGGGUGUCUUAACCAAGCAAAGUGAGAGAAAGGCAUUAGAAUAUUAAAAUACCACAGCCAUGUCUGGAAGGCUUUCUAAUGCUUCCCUCCUUACUGUAUUAUAUCACUGAACUGACAAAGACUCAGUAGAAGCAAGAUGGUUGAUGGUUAAAAUAAGAGCAUUUGUCUCUGCCAUGCUGCUUUUGUAUAACAAGAGAAUCUAGAUUAUUUUGUCCAAGGGAGGAAGCAUGAGAGGACUGUAAAGACAAGGGCUUGGUGAUGGAUUAAAUCAAAGGUACUGACAGAAAUUGUUAGUGUAACACACUGUUCACCUUCCACCCACUUUGUGCCUAACAUGAUCCUCUUCUAAAUUAUGUGUGUUAAUAUGUGCUGGCGGGUAUUACUGGCUGUUUUCAAAGGUAAUACUUUGUACCAGUUGUUUUUCUGAAGCCAUUAAAACUUCCACUUUGGAUCAAACUUUGAA